AUGAAGUCAGCUUAUAGUCGUCCCAAAGGUAAGGCUCAAUGGACUGUUGAAAAUUUUGCCGAAAGGGUCUUUAUUUCGAAUCCUCGGUUGUUUAGCUUCUCUCAUCGCGGGCUUGUGAGCCUGCGGCAUCCGUACACUGCUGUGGUUGUCGAUAUGGUGGACUCGGAUCCCUCACGGAAAGUAAACCGACUUGAGGAGCUUCUAGGUGCCUUAUUGCAGUCGCGUGACGAGGAACGGAAGUGGACGCGUGUUGCAACGAUGUUUGAUACCAAGUUAACAGGAGAAGAGAUUGAUGCGUUUCGCCGAAAGAUUUCUUUGAAUCCACAGAUAAGAUUAUGUAUAGAGGCUUUGUGGGUAUAUUUGGGAGGUUUAUUUAAUGGUGUUGUUCUGGAAGAUGAGUAUAAGGCUUUUCACUUUAAGCUUUAUUCUUACCUUUUAAGAAUUGACAGUGUGAGCGUUGUAACCUCUACUUCUGCAGCUAUCUUGGAGGAUUUUGCUUAUGAUAAAAGAGGCGCUGUUGGGGUAGAGUUUGGUUCCUUUGCUAUUUCCAUGCUUGAACUGGCGGAUAAUUGGACUAGGACUAGAGAACUUGAAGAGUAUAUUCAUUUUUUGAGAGAUAUUCGAGAUACAUGCCUAGAGAAAAAACAGCACCAUUCCGUAAAAGAGGUUUUUGUUCCCAACUACAAGGCCCCUGUCUAUUUUUCUGGUGGUCUUGUCUGUCGAGUUCAAGAAGGUGAUAAAGUGGUGUAUUCAAGAAAGAGAUUGAUGUAA